CAGUGGGUGGGGUGGGGUGGGGGGGUUCCGGUUUGAAGUGCGGCUGAGUUAGUUAAUGGUGUGUAAAGUAGGUAGUGUUAGUGUUGUAAUCUUUUUUUUUUUUUCGUCGUCCUGCAAGAAGGCGAUGAGUGUGAACCUGCCGGACUUGGCACCGGAAACCAAGGAAGAAGCCAGUGCUGAAAUGUGCAAUGGAAACGCGUCUCCAGCAUGCACUUUGCCGACAAUAUUCACCGGCCCAAACAAGUACCAUGCUCACAAAACCUCAGAGGACAGGCUGGUUGCAUAUAGGAGGAGCGGAGAUUACCGUGCGAAGCUGCCUCCAAUCGGCGAGGAAACAAAAACUUAUGAAUUGUCAAAAAACGUCAAAAUUAAAAAUCUAAAGAGACAAAACGGCGACCUGCAGCUGCAGCUGGUCGUAUUUAAGACGCAGUCCAAAGUGAUGAAAAAUGUCCUCCAUCGACACACGGUGGCAGUGCAGGAAUACCAACGAUUGGAAGGCAGUUUAUCUCAGAUACAAGAUCACCACAUUAACGAAGUCAAGGCCAUGCGAAACUUGCUGAGCAAGACGCGCUGCAGCUGUGACGUGCUGGCAAAGAAGCUGCACGACGCCGAGAAAGAGUUGUCGGACUCAAAAGACAAGAUCCUGCAGCUCGAAAUGCAGAUCCUACAUAAUCCCUCCAUGCUGGAACGGGAAGAGCUCAGUCACAGGUUGGAUGAGGCUACCAUAGAUCUGAAGGAGAAAAACAAGCGGAUAUGGGAAUUAGAGAAGAACAACAAGUUGCUCCAAAGCACACUCCAUCGCCACAUAGCAGAAGAGCAAAAAAAGUUGUCCAAAACCAACGAUGUGUUCUACUGUCUGCAAGCACGGGUUUACGAGUUAACUAAAGAAAUCCAAGAACGACAGAAAGAACUGCAUCACCACAAUCUACCUGCUCUCCGAUUCGAACAUUUGGCGUUCAAAAAAGAAACAUUUAACAAGAUGGUCCAGACGGAUGACAUCGUCUCCACACCCAGUGAGGAUGGGAGUCCGGUCAAGUCGGCUUCUUCUGAGCCCGACGAUGCGCUGCAAAAAUGGCUGAGAUCAACCACCACGGAUAAUGUACCAGUGGGGCCGUUAGCAGUUAAAUACGUUAAGAGGAAGGUGGAGAAAAAGGAGAAACUUACAAAAUUUAAGGAAAUUCCCGAUUGCCAAAUGGCAGGAGACUCUAGUGAAAGAAACAAGGUAACAAAGGCUUCACUGGAGCCCGUGGACCAGGACCAGGACCAGGACCAGGAUCAGGACCAAGAACAGGAUCAGGAUCAGGAUCAGGAUCAGGAUUGGACGCAACAAUGUCCAGGCUCUUGCAGAUUUGCUCACACUCUCAUCACAACACCGCCUCCGCAAAAAGGACUCAAAUGCACCCAAUUUCGCCGUAAGUACGUGUUUUCACCAGUGAUUAAAAAUCUGCAUUUGGGGAAACCAGCCUACAGCGGGUUGGACCGGAGGUCGCUUGACAGUCCGACUCUCAGACACUCGCGAAGUCGGAAAUCAAGCAUCAAUACAGAAGACGACAAAACCUCACAAAAUGACUGCCCGUCUCCCCAAAUGGAUCUGAGUCCUUUCCCAUCAAAUCAUGACGACAGUUUUGAGUCUCCCACUGGUUCACACACGUGGAGCUGAUAUUUCUACAUGUUGAACAGUGUUGCAAAGUUUCCUCGUUCAGGAAAGUCGCUAUGGGCUCUCUUAUAUUUAGCUAGAAGUGGUUGUGACCUUAAUUUACUUUUUUAUUUUUAUUAUUUUUUUAAAAUGUUUUUUUUUUCCAUUUGGAUUUCUUAAAGUCCAAAGAAUUUUGAUGCUUGUAAGAGCAGACUGGUGUGACACGGUUCAGUGUAACUUUAUAAAAAAAUUGUUAGCACGACAGCUAAAGAGAUGUAAUACAGCGUGACACACCAUAAAUCAUAAUUUCAUGAAAGGUGUUUGUACAAAUGCCUCAAAAAGUCAAAUAAAUCUUCGUCCGUCAUUUGUUACAUCAGCUAAUCUCUUGAAACUUCUGCUCAGUUAGCAUGCAAUGUGUUUUUGUAAUUUCUUUUUUUGGAUAAUAAUUAAAAAGAGGGGAAGUCUUGACA